AUGUCAGGUGACAUGAACAGCACCUUAAUGAUCAUAGCAGCUGGAGACUUCUCCAUGGGAAUCUUAGGGAACGCCUUCAUUGCACUGGUAAACUGCUUGGGCUGGAUGAAGAAAAGGAAGAUGGCCUCCAUUGAUUUCAUUCUCACGUGUCUGGCUAUUUCCAGAAUCUGGCUACUGUACACAAUAAUGCUAGACUGCUUUAUGUUGGUGCAGUAUCCAAAUGUCUAUACUGCUGGUACACAAAUGAGAGUCACUGACUUCUUCUGGACACUCACCAACCACCUCAGUGUGUGGUUUGCCACCUGCCUCACUAUCUUCUACUUCAAGAUAGCUAAUUUCACACAUCCCCUUUUUCUCUGGAUGAAGUGGAGAAUCGACCGGGUGGUUCUUAGGAUCCUGCUGGGGGGCGUGGCCCUCUCUGUGUUGAUCAGCCUUGCUGUCACUGAGAAGUUUAGUGAUGAUUUUAUCUGUAUCAAGGUAAAGAAGAGAAGAAACGGAACAUUGAAGUGCAGUGUAAAUAAAGCUCAAUAUGAGUCCACCAAGAUAUUUCUCAACCUUUUAACAAUAUUUCCUGUUUCUAUGUCACUGGUCUCCUUUUGCCUCUUGAUCCUCUCCCUGUGGAAACACACCAGGAAGAUGCAGCUCAGUGCCAGCGGACACAGAGACCCAAGCAGAGAUGCCCACUUGAGAGCCAUGAAACCUGUUAUCACCUUCCUCCUCCUUUUCAUUGCCUAUGGUCUGACCUUUCUCAUAGUCACCUACAGCUACUUUAUACCAGAGAGUGAACUAGCUGUGUUGGUUGGGGAGUUGAUAGCUCUAAUUUAUCCUUCAACCCACUCAUUUAUUCUAAUCCUAGGAAACAAUAAACUGAGAAAAAGCGUCUCUAAUGGUGGCAUGAAAGAUGAAGACAAUUCUAACAACAGAAGGAUAUUUGAAGAGUCUCAAUUUCUAGGACCUAGAAAAACCAGAUAG